CCCCCUCCCGGUUGGUGGGUUGACGACCAAUGGGGAGCCGCGACACUAAACCGCCGACCCACUCACCCACCCACCCACCCACACAGCAGCUCAGCGUUUUGCGGCCUAGUGGAGGCUUUUGCGUUUGAAACAUUUUUCGUUUUAAAAUAAAAAAAACCUCACCACAAAAACAACAGCUGCUGCGGCCGAGACGACGUCGUCGUUGUUGUGAUUCAUCGUCUACCUCGUCAAGAUCGUCGUCAACAUGCAGGAGUUGGUGGCUCCGAUCGACCACAUUCGAUUCGACAUCGAGUUGGCGGUCGAGCAACAGCUGGGGGCACAGCCGCUUCCAUUCCCCGGCAUGGAUAAAUCCGGAGCGGCCGUCUGCCACUUCUUUCUCAAGGGGCAGUGCGGCAAAGGCCCCAUGUGUCCCUUCCGCCACGUGAGUGGAGAGAAGACCGUGGUUUGCAAGCAUUGGCUUCGGGGACUCUGCAAGAAGGGAGACCAGUGCGAAUUCCUGCACGAGUUCGACAUGACCAAGAUGCCAGAGUGUUAUUUCUACUCCAAGUUCGGUGAGUGCAGUAACAAGGAGUGUCCCUUCCUGCACAUCGACCCGGAGUCUAAGAUGAAGGAUUGCCCUUGGUACGAUCGCGGAUUUUGCAAGCACGGCCCACUGUGUAGGCACCGGCACACGCGCCGUGUCAUCUGCGUGAACUACCUCAUCGGAUUCUGCGUAGAGGGGAAGACAUGCAAGUUCAUGCAUCCGAGGUUUGAGCUGCCAAUGUUGAUCGACCAACCAAGUCAGCCCCUCUCCAAGCCGCUGGUCUCCCUGGGCGGCGGUCACGGCGGGGGUCACGGUGGGGGUCACGGUGGGGGUCACGGUGGGGGCCUGUCAUCGUCAUGGGGACUGGGGGGCGGAGGCCCCAGGGGGUCACGACCCCUGGACCAGGUCACAUGUUACAAGUGUGGUGAGCGUGGUCACUACGCCAACCGCUGUCCCAAGAGCCACCUGGCCUUCCUCGCCGGCCAGUGACGCCUCGCCUCAUUGGACGACGCCUUCCUCGCCGGCCAGUGACGCCUCGCCUCAUUGGUCGACGCCUUCCUCGCCGGCCAGCAACGCCUCGCCUCAUUGGUCAACGCCUUCCUCGCCGGCCAGCGACACCUCGUCGCCUGAUUGGACGACGCCUUCCUCGCCGGCCAGCGACACCUCGUCGCCUGAUUGGACGACGCCUUCCUCGCCGGCCAGCGACACCUCGUCGCCUGAUUGGACGACGCCUUCCUCGCCGGCCAGCGACACCUCGUCGCCUGAUUGGACGACGCCUGCUCGUCAGGAGACUCGCGAUUGAUUGGUCGACGUCCCCAAUCGUCAUGGCAGUGACGUCUCUUCUGAUUGGUGCUCGCCGAAGCGGGGGGG